UGACAUUACAUAAUUGGCAGAAACUCGCGGAAAAGUUAUCAUAAUGUCUGCUGGGCGCGCGUACAGCCGUAGGUGAGCAAAUGAACGAUUUCGGUUUUUCACUUCCUGAUUUCAAUGGAAUAACCAAUGAACGGACAAUACACGCACCGAUUUCUUUCGGGAAUUAACCUCCACUGAACAAAAACGGAUUGACCGAAAAAGUUCGAACUUCAUGAUUACGCUCUAUUUAUCUCUUCACUCGACAAGAGGCAUCCAGCAUCCUGACAAUAUACACAGCAUUGGCAGACCCUUUGUUCUCAGCCGACCUUGUGACAGGUGUAGCAUUCUUACCCACAUCACCACAAUAGUUAAGAACAGUAAACUCCAGAGAUUCUGAGCCAAGGCACCGGUGCACCACACCAUCCACUACCAUGGCCAACCAGGACUUGACCAGCCCGUCCCAUGCCUUGUUUGAGCAGUUCGUCCAAGCCCAGACCUGUAAGGAGGUGCAGCGUACAUUCUCAGAGCUUUGCCACCACCUACAGGUGGAUCCCAGGGACUACCAGAGCUUCUACACCAAGCUCAAGGAGAGGCUCAACUACUGGAAGGCCAAGUCCCUCUGGGUCAAGCUGGACAAGCGGGCCCAACACCAAGACUACCAGCAAGGCGAAGUCUGUGCCAAAAACAAGUGCCUGGUGCUGGGUGCAGGGCCGUGUGGGCUCAGGACAGCCAUAGAGCUGGCUCUGCUGGGGGCUCAUGUGGUGGUACUAGAGAAGAGAGACUCUUUCUCCCGGAAUAACGUGCUGCACCUGUGGCCCUACACCAUCUAUGACCUGCGUGGGCUGGCUGCCAAGAAGUUCUACGGCAAAUUUUGCACGGGGGCUCUGGAUCACAUCAGCAUCCGUCAGCUCCAGCUGAUACUGCUGAAAGUGUGUCUUCUCUUGGGGGUGGAGGUUCAAACAGGGGUGGAAUUCAAAGGAUUUGUGGAGCCCUCAGGAGCCACAGGCUGGAUGGCAAAGCUAUUUCCUGACAAUCACCCUGCUGGGAAGUUCCAGUUUGAUGUCUUCAUAUAUGCAGGAGGAGGAAGCUUUGUCCCGUAUGGCUUCAAGAGGAAGGAGCUGCGAGGGAAGCUGGCCAUCGGCAUCACGUGUAACUUCAUCAACCGUCACACUGCAGCCGAGGCCCAGGUGGCAGAGAUCAGCGGUGUGGCACGUAUCUACAACCAGAAGUUCUUCCAGGACCUGCUCGCAGAGACGGGUAUUGAUCUGGAGAACAUAGUCUACUAUAAAGACGACACCCACUACUUUGUCAUGACUGCUAAGAAGAAGAGCCUGUUAAAGAUGGGGGUCAUUAAACAGGACUUUAGUGAUGCCGAUAAGCUUCUGGCCCAGGUAAAUGUGGACCAGGAGGCCUUGUUGCGUUACGCCUACGAUGCUGCCCAGUUCUCCACGGGCCACUGCCUGCCCGACAUGCAGUUUGCCCAGAACCACGCGGGCCAGCCUGACGUGGCCAUGUUCGACUUCACCUGCAUGCACCGAGCUGAGAACGCCUCGCUGGUCAGGGAGAGAAAGGGCAAGAAACUACUCAUGGGCCUGGUUGGAGACUGCCUGGUAGAGCCAUUUUGGCCUCUGGGAACAGGUAUUGCCCGUGGGUUCCUGGCUGCCUUCGACACAGCAUGGAUGGUUAGGAGCUGGGGCAAGGGAAGACCCCACAUGGAAGUCCUUGCUGAACGAGAGAGUCUCUACCAGCUCCUGUCCCAGACCACGCCAGAGAACACCAGUAAGAAAUAUAGCGCCUUCAGCAUAGACCCGGCUACACGCUACCAACACGUCAACCUCAACUCCGUCAAGGCCAUCCAGGUGAAACGCCUCUAUGACGUGGAAGAACGCCUUAAUCCUGGCCGACCCACCAAGAAGCCGAAAGGCAAGUGGUCUCACCUGCAACAAGAUUCGGUUGGAGCGUUUGAGGUGCUUUUGAAGUGGUGCCAGCAGCACACUGCAGGAUAUGACAGGGUGAAGGUGAACGAUCUGAACCAGUCCUGGAGGUCUGGCCUGGCCCUGUGUGCCCUCAUCAACACCUUCAGACCCCGUGUCAUUGACAUGUCCUCUCUGGAGGAGUCUAAUGCAGUCUACAAUAACCAGCUGGCCUUCAACUUCCUGGAGAGAGAGCUGGGCAUCCCUCCCAUAAUGUCAGCCAAUGAGAUGUCUUUCAAGGGACAGAUAGACAAGCUCUCCAUGGUGCACUACCUCACACAGAUCCACGAUGCGUUCAAUGAAAGGACACCUACUAAAGAACCUCAGAGCCUUCCCCUGAAGCCAUCCAAGACCCUGUCUUUUCGGGCUGCUGUGGUCUUCCUCAACAACCUCAAGCACAACUCUCUGCAGCGACGCAAGGAGAGACUGGCAAGCAAGAAAGAAGAAAAGGGGAUGAUGGGAGAGGAAAAGGAUCCUGUAGCUCCUCUCUCAGCCCCUAAGGUGACCCCUGACCCUGUGAACCCUGACCCUGAACUGAGCCUGACGCCAGGCAUCAGUAGCAAUGAGGAGUGUUACUUCUGUUGCCAGCGGGUCUAUGUUCUGGAGAGGAUCAGUACUGAGGGAAAGUUAUUCCACCGUAGCUGCUUCACCUGCCAUCAGUGCGGCACCACCCUUAGACUGGGCGGGUAUACCUUCAACCAGCACACUGGGAAGUUCUACUGUGAGCUGCACUCUGAACAACUAGAGAUGGAGAACGGGGAACAAUGCCCAUCCGUCCAGGAUACAAUAGAAGAUCACAAUGAGAAGGAGAGAGGUGUGAAUGGGAUCUCCAGUGAAGAGCACUCACCUUGUCCCUCUGAAGAUGAUGAUGAAGAGUACUCUCUAGACUUGGGUCUUCCUAAACCAAUCGCUCCUCAGGGUGAGGAACACCCCAGCAGCAAACAAUCUAAUCCUGUAGAGGAGCCCCAUAUCCCACCAAAUCCACCCAUAGACGUUUUCCUGAAGAAAGGGUUUAAUGCGUUUAAUGUGGAGGAAGAAAAGCAGGGGAAGGAGAGGGUCGAGGAUCCCCCCUCAUAUCCCCCGACCCCUGUCCCAAAACCUCGCCUGUCUUGUUCGGACAUCCCCAGCCCUCAGGCCUCCCCUCCUGUACCCAAACCACGCACCGUCCUCCCCACCCCAAAAAGGGACAUGUCACCGGCCCAUGUAGGGGAGAAGGGGUCACUCAGAGCAGCAGGAGAGAAAGGGACCCCCAAGGCAGCCCCAGACCCUGACUCCAGAGCGAAGCAGUCCCUGCGGAAGCUGCAGCUCACCGACAAGAAGAACCCGUUAGUCAACCUGAGCUUCAGCCUGGACUCUGACUCGGAGACACCUGGUUCUUCCUCCUGCUCCUCUUCAACAGCCACAGCAGGGGGUCCCAGCCCACCCAAACCUCCAGGUGCAGAUUGCCAGGAGGAGGAGGAGGGCUACUGGAUUGGGGGCCCGAGGCCGGCGGGACACAUCCGGGAGCUCAGGAACCGCCGCUGCUUCAGAAGGAAAGAGGAGCCUGAUGAGGGCCAGGGUCAACACGGCAGGGUACGCUCCAAGUUCUCCCCCUGGAACCUCUCCUCCCCUCGGCCGAGGAGGGACUACCGCUUCAGCGUCCUCAACAGCCACCCAGAAGUACACUAUCACCACAGUGUAUCCGAAGAUGGUGGUGCUGAUCAUGAUGAUGAUGAUGAUGAUGAUGAUGAUGAUGAUGAGUUGGAUAUGUUUGGAGUAGAUGGCAUGGAUUUAUAUGAUGAUAAGUUCCAGAUCAUCCCUUCAGACCCUGUGAAGGCUGAGAAGCUACAGCUGAUGAAGGUGAGGACUUUGAUGCGUCGGGCCAAGACAUCUGAGAUGCAGCGCUUCCACAAAGCCCAGUCUAUCCAGAGGCGACUGGAGGAGAUCGAGGUGACGUAUAAAGAGCUGGAGGAUAAAGGUGUGGUGCUGGAGCAGGUACUCAGAGGAGAGGAAGACAGCUGUGGUUCUCCUGGGAUGAUCGACCAGUGGGUCCAUCUGGUCCACCAGAAGAACACUCUGGUCUCUGAGGAGUCAGACCUUAUGGUGGCGUCUCGACAGCUAGAGCUGGAGGACAAACAGAGCACGCUAGAGAUGGAGCUGAGACAAUACGAGCUGGAUGAUUCUGAGAAGACUGUGGAGCAGCAGGCAGAAGAGGAGCGUGUGCUGCAGGAUAUGCUGGAGGUGGUGGACAUGAGGAACUCUCUGGUGGCCUUCCUGGACGAGAAGAGACUACAAGAGACGGAUACUGAUGAGCAGCAGUCCACCUCGCUGCUAGAGGUCAAGAGACACUCUACAGCCUCAGUGGGGGCACAGGUGUACUGGGCGUGAGAGUGACUUGGACUGUAAUAUACACUGACUAUACAAAACAUUAAGAACACCUCAGAACAGACUCAAUUUGUCGGUGCAUGGACUCUACAAGGUGUCAAAAGCGUUCCACAGGGAUGCUGGCUCAUGUUGACUCCAGUGAUUCCCACAGUUGUGUAAAAUUGGCUGGGUGGUGGAGCAUUGUUGAUACACACGGGAAACUGUUGAGCGUGAAAAACCCAGCAGCGUUGCGGUUCUUGACACACUCAAACCAGUGCGCCUGGCACCUACUACCAUACCCCGUUCAAAGGCACUUAAAUCUUUUGUCUUGCCCAUUCACCCUCUGAAUGGCACACAUAGACAAUCCAUGUCUCAAUUGUCUCAAGGCUUAAAAAUCCUUCUAUAACCUGUCUACUCCCCUUCAUCUACACUGACUGAAGUGGAUUUAACAAGUGACAUCAAUAAGGGAUCAUAGCUUUCACCUGGAUUCACCUGGUCAGACUGUCAUGGAAAGAGUUCCUAAUGUUUUGUACACUCCGUGUAUAUGCACACACACAUGUGCAGGUACACACACACACACACACACACACACACACACACACACACACACACACACACACACACACACACACACACACUCAUGAAUACAUGUGCAGUUACAUACACACUUAAAUAUAUUAGUAGAGACUUGCUGCUUACAGACACACCCAUAAUGUUGCAUUUGCGAAGCCAAAGAUGUAUUGGUGAAGGUAUUUCUCCACAAGUGUUGUGCUCAGUGUUGAGGCACAGUAUACUGACCAGAGGCAACGACACAGACCCUGGCCUGGAGAACUGGCUGUCCUUCCUGGCCUGUCCCCAUGGACAGUCCAUCCGCAGUCAAGGCAGUCCUGCUCCAGCAGCAGCCCCAGGAUAGAGAGACCACCACAGCCUGCUGAACUCACACCAACCUCACUGAGGACUUGCUGACAAUACAAAGCCAAGGACCCAAAGUCGCAUGUUCUUAACACAUUGUGGAGAUAUUAUAUUCUGUGGGUUGGACCUUAAUGUUUCAAAUGGAUUCAUGUUCAUUUAUUUUGGUAAACCUAAAUCAGCUAGUUCUGCUAAGCACAAAGGUAAUGAGAUUAUCGCAAUUCUACUUUUGUUCAAUGUAAUGACAAAAUUAGAUAUAAUACAAAAACAAUUGUAGUUUGAGAUUGGGCCAUAAGAAUGUGUUUUUGAAAUGUCCUUAUUUUCCAUGAAAACAUACAUGAAAUAAGUUGCAAAAUGAACAGGAAAUUUAGUCAAGGUGUUGACAAGGUUAUAAAUAAUGAUUUUUAAUUUCAA